AUGUUGUCUCACUCCCAGCUCUACCCCAGCACCCGGCUCGGGGGGGCUGUGAAGGAGGCGCAGAUUUUCCCCAGGGAUGGUGGUUAUGGGGUUUCUCCGGCAGGUCCCGGGGGUCACCCCGACACCUCCAGCUGCGGGAUCCCGCGGGGGUCCCGCUCGGAGCACCGGGGUCCAUCCCCACACCCCCGGGGUCACAGGACGGUGUCACUGAGCCCGCAGGGCUCGACGGGGAGGAAGGGCACAACCCCCCCGGCACAGCCCGCAGGCGGGGGCCACCCCCUGCAAACCCCCGGCAGCUCGUCCCGCUUCCCUUUUCCUGCCGGGAGCGUCCGGCCGACACCGAACAGCGCCGGGGCCCGGGGGAGGCUCCGGCCGGGCCAGGCACCGCUCCGAGGCCUCGGGGCGAGGCGGCACCGCGGCUGCCCCAGGCCCUGCCCGGGGACACCCGGCAGAGUAACAAAGCCCUGGAAGCGGCUUCCCCGGGAGCCACAGCCCGGCCGGGCAGCGGCGGGGCCGGGGGGCCCGCGGGGCGCUGCCUCGGGCCGGGGGGCGCCGGGGCCGGGCGGUCCCCAGCAGGUGCGGGCGGUGACAGCCGCCCCCGGCCCGGGCACCGCGCGGAGGCGGCCGGGCCGCGCUGACAGGCGGGAGGGGAUCCGGGCCGGCUGA